AUGUGUUGUAUUGAAAAACAGAUGGGUUUGGAAUUUGAGAAAAAAAUUGGCGGGAAUAUAAGAUAUCUUGGAGGGGAGAGAGCGCCAUACGCGACAAGAAAGGGAGAGAAAUGGUGGGAUAGUGAAGGAGCGAGUUGCGGAUUAGAUGGGCAUGGAUUUGGAGUAAAUGGGACCUUACGGUGCAUGAUUUUAUCAGGGAAAUCAAAUGUUGGUGGCUUUGUGUUUCAAUGCUGGAAACGGGUUCUGUUUGGUUUUGUUGAUGACGAUGACGAUGUUUCUGGAAUGGUUUUGCUGCUGAUGGAAGUGUUGUGGUGGUGUAAUGAGAAAGAGAGAGAUAGUGUAGCAGAUUGA